AUUUCUGUGCCUUUGGUUGACCAUCUUCCUCUUGAUUGUGCAUGAGAAGCACGCUCAAGGGAGUCGCCAGUGGAAGAGCAAGGAUGUCAAUUUCAACACUUUGGGGCAAAAGGAUAACGUCACCAAUUCAAGAGAGAACCGAUUAUUCUCGUUGUUCAGUAUAGUCCAGUUUAAGAAUAGUCCUUGCUCCUCGACGUUAUCUUUCCAGAGUGGAGGUACGAGUUCAGUUAGACGCAAUGGAACUUGUUACACCACAUCGGAGUGUUUAAGUCGGAGUGGAUCUUCUUUUGGAUCUUGCGCCUCAGGAUUUGGCGUUUGCUGCGUGUUCCUGUACUCUGAAAAUGGCGCGACGAUUACUCAAAACUGCUCUUAUAUUCAAAAUCCUGGAUAUCCAGGGACCGUUUCCAAUGGAGGCCAGCUGGCGUACAACAUUCAGAAGUGCUCCAAUGAUGUGUGCUUCCUCCGAUUGGACUUUGAGUUAUUCUCUAUCCAAGGAACCGCAGCCACCACGGAGGAAAACGGGGGUCAAUGUGUAGAUACGUUUGAUGUUACGAUUAACACGGGUCAAAAUAUUCCUCAAAUCUGUGGAGAAAAUGGUGGGCAGCACAUUUACGUGGAUAUCGGUAAUCGCGCAAGCGACACUGCCACCCUCAAUUUCAAUUUGAACGGAGAUAGGUCCAAUCGCAUCUUCGACAUCAAAGUGACGCAGAUUCCAUGUCGCUCCAGAAGUCGGCCCCCAGAAGGUUGCUUGCAGUAUCACACUGGUUUGACAGGGCGAAUGGAAACCUUCAAUUAUCAAGACGACAACGACAACCACUUGGCUAAUCAGGAGUACUCUGUUUGUAUUCGUCAAGAAAGUGGCUUCUGUUGUGUGGAAUAUACGCCUUGCACCAACAUGAACUCAUUCAGCUUGGAUCCUGUCACUGAUGGGGACAUAGAUACGGCCCAAACGGAUUCGGCUUGUACUCAAGAUUAUGUCUCAAUUGCAGCAUCCACUGCCACUUGUUCGUCGGUCCAAGAGCAAGCCAAUAUAGCAAGUAGAUUCUGUGGAACUUUCUUGAGUUCUCAAAAUGGCGCCACGGAGUCUCUACCUGUUUGCGAUUGUACGGCUCCAUUUGAGAUUGGCAUUUACACAGAUGGAAACACGGACAUGGGAGACAUGGUUGCAGGAAAUACCAUUCCUUCCAGAGGAGCCUGCCUCACGUGGAAGCACAUCCCAUGCAACUCUUGUUAAUUCCGGGAAACAAGAAAUACCUGGAAUACCUAAUUUUGAUUACUCGUAAAGUUCUUUCAUAUUUUCUGAUUAUCUGCGUUUUACAACCAACCACUAAAGAAAAUUACUUAAUUUGAAAUGAAAUAUUGCAAUUCUUAUCAUGGCGA